ACCGUCCCCACGGGCCAUGGAGCUGGCGAGCUCACGGCUGCCGAUCUCACAGCUUCUGCUCGCUAUAAGCCUCUCCACGACAGACUCCUCUUGGGUUCCUCCGCUACCAACGCGAACCGCCGUGGUCUCGCAUCGCCGCUGCGCCGCGCCGGCAGCGGCCGACAGCGGCAACAUCUCCUCCGCGCCUCGUGGUGGCCUCCGGGGCCUCGGCGGCGCGUUGCGCGGUGCGGCACGCAGUCGCAGCGGCGCCACCUCCGGCCGAGGCGGCCGGAUAGCGGUCGCCGGCGGGCUGCUCGCCGCGCUCGGGCUCGGCGGCGGCGCCGUCGCCGCCCGCCGGGCCUCACGUCCGCUGCCGGUGGUGCUGGUGCACGGCAUCCUCGACUGCUCGGAGAACAUGUACCAGGUCGAGGCGUGGGUGCGCGCCUCGCUAGGCCGCGGCGGCCACGUCCUCAACGUCGAGAUUGGCAACGGCGUCGUCGACUCGAUAGCGCGGCCGAUGGACUGGCAGCUGCAGGAGCUGGCGGCGGCGAUCCGGGCCGACCCGGCGCUGGCGGAGGGGUUCAACAUGAUUGGGUACUCGCAGGGCGCGCUCCUCGCUCGCGGCUACGUGCAGCGGUACAACUUGCCGCGCGUCUCGACGCUCGUCAGCUGGGUGGGGCCGCAGGCGGGCCAGUUCGGUGUGCCUGCCUGGGACGAGAUGAUCGGCCACAUCAACAAGAUCACCUCCGCGAUGUGGUAUACGCCCGCCAUCCAGGAGCGAGCCCCUCCCGAGCGGGUCUCGUUCGCAAACUACUGGCGCGACCCGAUGCGGCUCGACACCUACCGCUCCAACUCGGCCUUCCUCGCAGACCUCAACAACGAGGUUCCCGGCCGGCGGAACGAGAGCUAUGCGACGAACCUCGCCUCGCUCGACGCCUUCGUGCUCGUCUCCUCCACCAUCGACUCGAUCAUCGUCCCGCGCGAGUCGCAGUGGUUUGGCUUCUUCGCGCCAAACUCGACCUCGCGCAUCGUGCCGCUCCGCCGCUCGCCGCUCUGGACCGAGGACUGGAUCGGACUGCGGCGGCUCGACGCGGCGCGCAGGCUCCACUUUGCGUCGUGCGCGUGCCACCACCCAGAGGGGCCCUCCCAGGGGGGCCCCCUCCAGGUCUGGGACCGUGCCACCCGCCGCCACCUGCAGCGCCGCGGCCCGCUCGCCGCCGUCGGGCGCUGGCUGGGCGGCGCGACCGGCGGCGCGGCGGGCGGCGGCGAUGACGGCGCGGGCGGCUGGAGAGGCGCCGUGCCGGGCGUGCCGGGGGCGCACGCGGCGGCCGCCUCGGCGGCGCACGCGGCCGCCAAAGCGCGCGCCGCCGCGGCGGACGCUCACGCCCGCGCCGCGGCGGCGGAGCGGAGGGCGAGGGAGCUGGCGGCCGAGGCGAGGGCGC